AUGGGGGACAAAGAAGUCUUGGUGUUCAAAUCGGAAAGCUGGGGUGAAUGGAACCCAGAUAUUGUGGUGGGUAUUGAUUUUGGGAUGACCUAUACUGGAGUUGCAUAUUCAUCCGCACCAGAAUGGCUUCCUCCAAAAACCAUCCAACGCUGGCCAGGAAAGCUCCCCGGAGAACUGGCGAACAAAGUGCCAACCUGCAUCGAGUACGAGCCCGAUUCGAACUCUAUUAGAAACUGGGGGUUUCAGUGUGAUCCAGAAGACAAAGGCUCGCAUGUUAAGGAGUUUUUCAAGCUACAUCUCGCGCCUCAGUACCAAGAUGGGCACCCCGGGGCACCCAGUCGGCAUGAAGCCCAGCGCUGGUUCCAAGACUACAUUCAAUGCAUCUAUCAGCAUGUGGUCUCUCAUUUCAAUAGCACGAUUCCGCAAUUUGGUUCGCGCAAAGUUGAAUUUAUUUUCAGUGUUCCCACUACCUGGAAGGAUGUGCGAAUGGUUGAAGAAACAAGGAGACUUCUUGAGCGGGCGAUUGGUGCAAGGACGCCGAAUCAUCGCGCCUCUAUAGGUCUUACCGAGGCAGAGGCAGCUGCAGUCUACGCUGGGAAUGAACAUUACAAUGUGGAUGAUACUAUUCUUGUCUGUGAUGCCGGUGGAGGAACCACGGAUGUCAAUGUUCUCAAACUCAUUUCAUCGCGAGGCGAGCCAACACGACUCGAACAGUUGGGCCACGUGGAAGGGCAACCUAUUGGCUCGGUAUUCAUCGACAGAAAAAUCCACCAACUCAUCGUUGAGAGGUUGGAAAAGGUCCGCGAUCAACUACGGCUCUCACCAAGCGAGGCGGCAUGGAGAAUGACCUCUGGUCGUUUCCAGAGACUCAAAUGCGCAUUUGGCACGGAGGCUACAUUGACGCCGUGGCUGAAGCUCGAUGUUCCCUCCUUGGAGCCCAAUUCCAAUCUUCCGGAGGCCGAGAUAUACAAUGGGCAAAUGCGGAUUGCAUGGGAAUCUCUCAAGAACUGCUUUGACGUGAAGGCUGCUGAAAUUUGCAACCUCUUGGGUGGGCAUAUUCGCCAUAUGCAUGCGAAAUACCCCUAUGAUCAAAUAACAUAUCUCGUCCUUUCGGGUGGAUUCGGCAGCUCCCCGUAUGUGAGAAAGUAUCUUUUAGAAAGAUACAGUGGGCCCGGUGCUCUUAUGCAUCCAAAUGCAGAAGGAAUGCAAAUCCUCCUCGCGGACGAGCCACAGCUUGUAGUUGUUCAUGGCCUGGUCUUAGAUCGGAUGCAGCAAAUUAAACAGGGAGUUCAGACUUUCGGAUCACGAUGCUCUCCUGUCAGCUACGGUAUCAUUUGCGACAAGAUAUACAAUCCAAAAAGUCACGUCGGAGAACCAGUUAGACUUGAUCCCCGAGAUAAUACGACCUUUGCCGUUGAUCAAGUCGACUGGCUUGUGAUUCAGGGUAACCCCAUUCCCUACACUGGUGUCAAAAAGGAAUUCCAAUUGAAGAUGGACCCGGGCCGGGAAGACGGUCCCUGGAAGGUGCGGAUCGUGAUGUCAGCUCUUUCACCGGACAAGCUUCCCCGGAAUAUGACCCAAAGAGGUGUUCACUUGGUCUGCAGCCUCGAUAUCGCCACUGACGGUGUGGAUAAAAAGUUGAAAAAUCGGCACUGGUACAACAUGAAACCGGCAUUUUGGAGGACUACGUUUGAUGUGAGAGUGGUGGUCGGGCCUGCGGAUCUCUCGUUUCAGUUGUGGUCGAAGGAUAGGAGGAUUCGGAGUAACAAGCAUGAACCUAUUGCAGUGAAAUGGAUGCCUGCUAGGGAGUUUGAGGAGAAGAAUGCCGUUUAA